GGGACAGGGAUGCAUGUCAUUGUAGCAGCCUGAAGAAUAUGGCAUCUACGAGCGACUUCCUUUUUUAGGAUGUGUUGUCUGGACAACCCAAUACUAACCCGAUUAGGAAAGAAUUAUAUCGUCCCUUCCAACUGUGGAAACCAUCCAGAGCUGCUGCCAUCAAGUCGUCACUCUUUUGGCUUUUGCUUUGGUUCUCGACCUCAUCUAACUUAAAGGCGUCCGACCAACACCUACAGCUAUCGCCAUCAUGAGUACGACAUCAAGACCUUCACAAGCCUCCCUUUUCCAAGUCUAUCUGCGACUUCGCCCUCCCGUUUCGCAACACCAGGAUCCUUAUGCUGAACGUUGUCUCGUGAUUGAGUCUCCAGAGGAGAAGACCAACAAUGCUGAGAGCGAUGGAGCGCCAUCGGCUCCUAUUCCAACACAUAUUAUACUACAGCCACCAAAUGAUGCCAGGAAGCGUGCCGUCGAGAAAUUCGGCUUCACCAAGGUUUUCGACGAGUCAGCUUCCCAAUUGACUGUCUUCGAGGAUACUGGUCUGGAAUCGUUGGUCAGAGGUGUACUGCUUGAAGGCAGAGAUGGGCUGGUUGCCACACUGGGCGUCACAGGGAGUGGAAAGAGUCACACUAUUCUCGGCUCAAAGACACAGAGAGGUCUUACACAAAUGAGCUUCGACGUUAUCUUUCGGUCCCUGGAAUCAACAAUCAAACCACCGGACAACUCCAUUAGUCCUGUCCUCCUGUCCUCAGUAGUCGCAUCAGAUGCCUCCGAAGCCCAGUUGUUCACGGCGCAGACAUUCCUUGAAGCGGUAUAUGGCGAUUGGAGUGGCGAUCGCGGAAGAAACUCUCGAGCACAAACCCCCAUGAGCUCCUCUAGGGCCGAGACACCCAUGACGGAACCGACUCCUGCCCUCAUCUUUCCUCGUCGCAAUAUGCCUCAAAAGCCCAGCGUUUUGCCUCGUUUGCCGGAUGUUAGCCACUUGACCGUCGAACUAAACCACAACUCCGAAUACAUCGUCCUCGUUUCAAUGUAUGAGGUGUACAACGAUCGAAUCUUCGACUUACUGUCGCCUGCCGUCGUACCCGGUCAAGGAAGUGCCAUGUCGCGCCAAGGAGCAAACGCCCAGAAAGACCGUCGCAGACCCCUUCUGUACAAGUCGACAGAAGGAUCCCCUGACAGAAAGGUCGUGGCCGGGCUCCGCAAGAUUGCUUGUAGCACAUACGAAGAGGCCCUGGCAGUCCUCGAAGUCGGGAUGACCGAGCGUAGAGUGACAGGGACCAGUGCUAACAGUGUUAGUUCCCGGAGUCACGGAUUCUUCUGCCUUGAAGUUAAGAGGAGGAUGAGAAAUAAGAGAACAGGAGAAGAGACUUGGAUUGGAAACACGCUCACUGUUGCAGAUCUUGCUGGUUCCGAGCGGGCGAGAACUGCAAAGACGGCGGGAUCUACCCUGGCCGAAGCCGGUAAAAUCAAUGAGAGUCUCAUGUAUCUGGGACAAUGUUUACAGAUGCAGAGUGAAAUCCAAGAAGGGAAGACUGCUCUGGUACCUUUUAGACAGUGCAAGCUGACGGAGUUGCUGUUUUCGAACUCAUUUCCGUCCUCAAGUCAGACGCCUGGUUUCAACCGCCACCCGCAGAAAGCGAUCAUGAUCGUUACAGCUGAUCCAUUGGGUGAUUAUAAUGCGACAUCGCAGAUCCUACGUUAUUCAGCCUUGGCUCGCGAAGUAACCGUUCCCCGAGUGCCAUCUGUCACCGAGUCUAUCCUGUCCAGCACGCUGGGCUCCUGCAAAGGAGCCGCCAGUGGACGCAACUCGCCCAACCUAGCCUUGAGCGAAGAGCUUGAAAAGGCAGCUGCCGAGAUUGCACGAUUAACUUCUGAGAAUGAGACCUUGGCCGUGCGACUUGCUGAAGAGGAAAUCAUGAGAGCCGACCUAGAGAUGAGACUCAAGUCAAAUGAGGAGAAGUGCCUGCUCAUUGAACAGGAGGUGCGUGAGGAAUGCUGGGCCGACAUGGACGAGCGAAUGGAAGAGGAGAGGAAGAGGUGGCAGACUGCGUUUGACGAACAGAUUGGCCGCAAUGAUGAACAUCUCGAUAAGAAGAUUGAAUUGUUGUCUCGUGGAUUCCAAGUUUAUGAGGACCCCGGCUCAGCUACCGAUCAGCGGGUAGAAGAACUGGAACUCGAGAAUGAUCAGCUGCGAAGCAGGAUUGCUGCCCUUGAACGUGAACUCAUGGGCCGCUCACCCACCAAGAAGCCGAAAUCUAAGAACGUAUUGGAACCUUCGCAUGGAUCCAAUCACCUUGGUCGUGAAAGUGACAUCGAGAGCGCACUUCGUCGUAUGGACCAGCUGAAAUUAGCUGACAGUGUGUUCUCUCCUGCCGCCUCCGGAGGCUCAUCCCCCGGCAAGAAGCACAGAAAGAUGGCAACAAGAAAGUGGGAUCUCGCCCCUGAGGAAGAUAUCUAGUUUCAACCAGUUUUCAGGUUUCGAACUUCUGUCUUCGAUCGAGUUUGUCUUGGGCGGAAUACCUUGGGUCCAUGAUAGGAAAGGAGUUUUGGGCGUUGAUUGAUCGCUGGAAUAGUUGAGAUACCAUCAUCAGAUAUUAAUGUUCGCCUAAUAUACAUGGCUUCAUAC